AUGGUUAAAUGGACACAACGAAUGAUAGAUCCUACAUUCACGGGAGUAAGACUUUACGACUUGAAUCAGAGUGUUUUGACUCCGCUAUGGAAAAGGGCUGGAAUGCUUUAUGUUAAAGUAUCUCACGGAUCCGACAACAACUAUUUAUUCAACGGUGUAUUUCCCAAAGGUCAACUAACGGAAGAAGACAAUGAGAUAUCAGAGACGAUGGCUAGAAGUCUUGUCAAUUCUGCUUAUACUGGGAAUCCGAUUAGUACAUCUCUAUCACAGAAACAAUUUGACAAAUGGCUGGAAUGGUACAAAAAAGUUGAGAUAGAAAAUACACAGCUCGAGAGUUUUAAAAUUCAGGUCAUUGGAGGACCACAUGGUACAGGACCUGUUCUCUUGACAGACGAAGAUAACUCUGAUAGUAUUAAGCGGAAUCUGAAAAAUGAUAAUAUUGGGACAUGGCAACAAGUCGUGUCUGGCGCAGAUGAUUUUGGAUCGAUGGGCUCGGCGAAGAAAGCUGAAAGGAAGAGGCUGAUUGAGGGAGAAAAACUGUUUCGCCGAUGUAAAUAUAUCAAUAGUUUGGCAGAUACACUCGAUACAUAA